AUAGCCCAAAAGCUGAUGAAGAUAGAGAGCAGAAAAAGGAGAGAACCAAAGGUAGAUAGAGAGAGAGAGAAGAGAAGAGAGGAAGAAGCAAAAACAAAAAAUCCAAGAAAAAAACACCCAUUUGUAAAAAGAUAACAUCUUUGCAAGUAUUGAUUUGUGGGGUUGUUGUUUGCCGGACGGAAAGUUAGUAGGUGAAGAAAAAAACUUUCAUUUCCGGUGAAAACCACCAUUGAUUCCGGUGAAUUAUGCUAGAACUCAUCUGGGGUUAGUUGAUUUAUUUCACCGGAGAAGAAAAAAAAAUGGAUAGGAAUAGAGAAGCAAGAAGAACUGGUAUGGUAGCCGCCACAUCUAAUGGAUUAUCAAGACGCAGACAUAGAAGUAACAGUCUUAGAGAUUCCCCUGAUGAAGAAGGGGGUGUAGAGAUACAAGAAUCUGUCAGGUUAAGGGAGAGAGUGAAGAAAGAUCGAGAUCGAGAGAGAGACAGAGAACGGGAUAGAGAAAGAGAUAGAGAAAGGGAUAUUAGAGAGAGGGAUAUUAGAGAUAGAGAUAGAGAUAGGUCAAGUCGGAGUAAAAGAAGAAGAGGUGAUAGAUUGAUGAUGCACAGAGGUGGUGGUGGUGGAGAAGAUGGUGGAGAUGAUAGUUCAGAAGAAAGUGUAAACGAUGAAGAAGAUGAAGAUGAUGAAGAGACGACGACAACAACAACAAACGUUGUUUCAGCUAGUACAAGAUUGUUGCCGCCGCCGAAUCCGUUACCGGCGACGAUGGGAGGGUCGGCGAUUUCAAAUCAUCAUCAUCACCAUAACAACAAUCAUAACCAUCAUCAUAUACCGCCUCGGAAAAAUUUUCCACCAAAUGUUGGUGGAAAGGUGUUUAGAGCAGCACCUGUAUGGAAAACUGGUGAUGAAAUGAUUGGUGUUUCUGUUCCAAGAAAAGCUCGUUCUGCAUCUACAAAGAGGUCUCAUGAUUGGAUUUCUGGGACUAGUGGUGGUGGUGGUAACAGUGGUGUUGUCACCGGAGACCAAAUUCAUCAGCAAGUAUCAACAGCUUCGCCGGUGGGACAGAACAUUCCGGCUACAUCACCAUCGCCGGCAGCUCCUUUAUCUCCAUCUUCAUCUAAUGUUUCAGUCAGAAAAAAAUUUAAGCCUAAUGGACAAAAGCGGCCGCCGGCAAAGUCACCUCCAAAAGCUUCUUCAUCUAACCCUGAAGAGCUUGAGAUUGAGAUUGCUGAAGUUCUGUAUGGAUUGAUGACUCAGUCACAAGGACCUUCAAAAAAAGAAAGUGUACCAAUUGAUACAAGAGAAGUUAAUAACAGAUCCAGAGUUUCAUCUCCAGCUUCUAAUUCAAACUCAUCAGCAACUCCUUUAUCUGUUGUUGCUCCAAAGAGGAAAAGACCAAGGCAAGUCUUGGAAAAUCCUGGAGGAUUUAGUGUAAGAAGCACCCCCAUUUCAUCUUCUACAGCUAAAGUUGAGAUGGAUCAGACAACAAUGAAGUUAGAGGUUUUUUCACCUAAUUUGGAGAAGAACCCACAGUCUGCUGCUGAAAAUGGUGUUUCUUUAUAUGAUUUAAGUGGUUCUGCUCAAAGUUUGCCGGCGGCAGUAGAUCCGGUACCGGAGCCGAUGAAGAUGGAAUCUGACGUCAAGAGGAGGCCUGAUGAAACUGAAUUUGUGGAGAGUAAGGAGGAAGUGAAUUCCCCAAAGAGGGAAUCUUUUACUUUGGGAGUAGAUAAUAGUAUUCGUGAGGAUGUUGCAGUUACCCAAGUGAGUGGGAUUGUUUCAGGAGUGGAAAACCAGAGAGAGGAGAAGUUCCAGAUAGAUCUUAUGGCUCCUCCUCCACAGUUAAGAUCAUCACCUGAAAGAGAAGCUGAGAUGAGUUUUGGCUCAGCAGCUGUGGAUAGUAAUAAGCAUAUUAUAUCAUCAGAAAAUAUAGUUGAAAGGAAGCCUGCUGUGACAGAAAAGGAUGAUGAAAGGAUUGGCAAAGCUGAGAAAGAUGAAGGGAUGAUUAGUGUUGAAGCUGAGGAAAAGAAGACUAAAGCAGCUGUAGAAGAAAUUAAUGCUCAUAAGAUAAGUGAGAGUAGUAGGGGUAGGAAUAUUAAUCUUGAUCUUGAUUUGGAAAAGCCAGAAAAGGAUAGUGGUGUAAGUGGCAAAUUUCAACAGCACAGUCAAAAGUUGCAGCAGCACCAACCACCUCCUCCACCACAAAAAGCUACUAAAGAAGAAUCAGUUCUUGAAAAAACUGGUCAAUCCAGCUCUUUGCCUAUGCCAAUUUCUAUGGCUAGUUGGCCUGGUGGGCUUCCUCCCAUGGGAUACAUGGCGCCGUUGCAAGGAGUUGUCGCUAUGGAUGGAAGCACAGUUUCUUCUGCUGCUCCAAUGCAGCCUCUGUUCUCUCAACCAAGGCCAAAAAGAUGUGCAACACAUUGUUACAUUGCUAGGAACAUACAUUGUCUUCAGCAAUUUAUGAAGAUGCAUCCUUUUUGGCCACCUGCUGCUGGCACUGCACCCUUCUUUGGAGCCAAGACCAAUCUUAAUGUUAUGCCGUCAGCUGAUCUCCAUGGAAACUUAGCUGGUAGAGGAGCAAGUGCUGGGCCUGAUAAAGGGCAGGGGCUUGCUAUCUUCCCUAGUAAUGGUGGAAAAGACAAAGUUCAACCAGCUAACAUUGCAGAUGCUGCUCAGAGAAAACAGCAAAUGUUACUCCAACAAGCAUUGCCGCCUGUUGCGCCCAAUAAUCUACUGCAUGGGCCUGCUUUCAUCUUCCCUUUGAAUCAACAGCAGGCAGCUGCAGCUGCUGCUGUUCGACCAGGUCCCGCGAAGUCACCUAGCACAUUGGGCCCUUCUGUCCCUUCUAACACAACUAAUGCUGCUGCUGGAACUGCUUCAGCUACAGCUGGUGGAGCGGCUACUGCAAUUAGCUUCAACUAUCCAAAUAUGUCUCCCAAUGAUGCUCAGUAUUUGGCGAUCUUGCAGAAUAAUGCGUAUGCUUUCCCAAUACCAGCUGUAGGACCACCUCCGAAUUAUCGGGGAACUCAACCUCAGCCCAUGCCAUUGUUCAAUGGAUCUUUCUAUUCUUCCCAGAUGAUUCAUCCUUCCCAGGUUCAGCAGCAUCAGCAACAUCAACAGCAGCAGCAUCAACAACAACAGCAGCAGCAGCAGCAUCAGCAGCAUCAACAACAACAACAGCAGCAUCAGCAGCAGCAACAGCAGCAGCAGCCAGCAACAUCGCAGUCCCAACAAAUGCAACAAGGUCAACAAAACACAAGCAUGUCAAGUGGAUCCUCUUCAUCCCACAAGCAUUUGCAGAACCAGCAACAGAGGUCCCAAGGCAAUGCUAUUAAUGGUGGGAACAGUGGUGGUAAUUUACAUAGUUUUCCUGGGACAAAAAAUCAUCCAUCUCAGUCCCCAGCACAGUCGUCACAGAAUCAGCAUAUGCCUCCACAGACGCGCCAUAUUGAAAAUGAGGUGGGUAGUGAAGAUAGCCCAACUGCAGAGAGGAAAAGGUCGCAUGGACCAAUUAAUGUGUACAAUCAGAAUUUUGCUAUGCCCAUGCAUCCCUCAAACUUUGGUAUGAUGACUCCUCCAGCUAAUUUUGGCGUUGCCUCUUCUGCUGGUGGCGGCAGUAAUCAUCAAACUGAGAAGAAGCCACAGCAGCAGCAGCAGCAACCAGGUCUAAAAGCGAGUCUAGAGUCAGCGCCGCCUCAACCUUUUGCCAUGUCGUUUGCUUCAUUUAAUGGGUCCACUACUGGACCUGGCAUUGACAUGUCCAUGGCACAUAAUCAUGCUAUUUUCCAGAGUCUCCCGGAAGCUACGAGGCAAAAUUUACAGAUGGCCGCAGCAGCUGCUGCUCAGGCUGUGCAGCAGAAGAAGAAUUUCAGGGUAUCUGAGGAUGGUAAAUCUGGAUCUGGUGACCAGUCUGGGGCUGAUGCCGAAAGAAAAGGUUUAGCAAUGAAGCCUUCCGGAAAUGCUGGUCAGUCUAUUGCAUUUUCAAGGUCCGAUACGUCUGAUGCCUCUGGGUCUACUAUUGCAGCGAACAGUGUCAUUGAUAGCUCAUCAAGGUCCUUGAAUCUUCCAUCUGGUGCUUCAUGGACUGCUAGAGCUGCAAUGCCAAAUGCUAUGGGAUCUGUAAAUGUUCCUAAUGCACAGUUGCAAGCUCAAAUACAGCAACAGCAGCAACAAAUGCUUCAGCUUCAUAAGCAGCAUCAACAACAUCAAUUUGCAGCGGCUGUUGCUGCUCGGAGCAAGACAUCAGCCUCUAGUAAUGGGAAUGUUUAUUCGGAACACUUGACUUCAUCUGCUUCUGCUGCUUCAAAAUUUCCAAAUGCAAUGUCUGCUUUUCCUCAAAAUCUUGUACAGAGUGGUAACAACAGCAAUCAAGCUCAGUCACCUCAGUGGAAGAACUCUACCAGAACAUCAACAUCCCAAGCUCCAUCAUCUUUGUCAUCAACGUCUUCUCUGAAAAGCCUUUCUCAGCAGCAGCAACAGCAGCAGCAGCAUGUUAGAUCCCAGCAAAGUCACACACAGAUAUCUUUUGGCACGAAUCAGAGAUCCACUCCUCCACCACCAGGACAACAGCCCCCAAACAGUAAUCAGUCUCCCUCUUCCCCCAUGAUGGUUGGCUCUCCUACCACUUCUUCAAUCUCAAAAGGUGCCAGUGGUAGCCCAAGACCUACAAAUUCUGCAACUACAAGUAAUAAAACCGGCCAGAACUCAUCAUUGUCAACACAGCAGGGUAAAUCCUCAACUUCAGUUCCCAACCAGAAGUCAUCUCCAGCUGGUGGGAGGAAUGUGCCAUCAAUUCUUGGAAACCCUCAUAAUAUAGCUUCAACUUCAGGUGGUGGAACUAAGCCUCAAAUGUCACAGCAGCAGCAACAGCAACAUUUACAUAAGAGUAUGCAGCAAGCACAGCUGUUCUUCUCUAGUCCAUAUGUGCAAGCUCAACCUCCACAUUCUAGUGGUACAAGUUCUGCUGGUCAAGCUACUGGGGGUUAUUAUCUUCAGCAGAGACGGCGUCCUGACCAGCCUGGCCAACAACUGCCUGGUUCAUCAGCUGCAUCAUCAUCAAGUGGGAUGUUGACUUUGUGUCCUGUUACACUAGGUGGUGGCACCACUUCUGAUCCUGCCAAAGCAAUUGCAGCAGCUGCAGCUGCUAAUAAUAUGAAAGGUGGUGUGUUGCCUUCGCAGGGCAUUCUUCAUGCUGCCCAAUAUACAACACAAACAUCAGGGAGUCAACAUCAACUUUUGCCUGCUGGUUUCUCUUAUGUGCAUCCUGUUCCUGCCGCGGUUCAAGUAAAGCCAGCUGAACAGAAACAACCUGCGGGAAAUGACAAUUUGCAUGCGUGCUGGCAGCCUGAGAAGAAAUGAACACUGUACAACUUGAUGGAGCAGCCAAGCAGAGGCACAUCAGUGAACCUCAGAAGUUGGAAUGAAGAACUCGCAGUUUUGAAGGAGGCACCAUAUGGUUAAAUUUUUGCACGAAACGCAAGUCAAUCAACAUGUCGAUUGACAUCGUAUAACGCAUUCCCGUGGUGUAUAAUCUGACUGCCUAUAGGGAUAUCACAAAUGAAAGCGCUGCUGCUCGACCGGUUGGUGUUUUGAUGAUCACAGGAUGGUUUGCUGGAAUAUUGAUCAGCCAGCUCUUUCCUGCAUUUUGAUGGUGGUGGUUAGGUUCAGGAAAGAAAAAGGUUUUUGGUUCCUUUUUCCUCCCCCCUUUUUUGGGGGGUUAGGGGGGGAAAGCAGGUCAGUGAUAAAAACUAAGAAAAUAGUGAAAGGUUGUAUUGCCUUCCAAGUUUUUCAGUAGGAACUCUGAUGCUUCAGUAAUUCAUUAUUCUUUUCCUUCUCUUAAAAGGUGUUUCUACUGGCUUGAAUUAUUAUACAGCAGUUUCUGGACAGUAGUAUCUUUUUUUGGACAUAUUAUAAGUAUAUGCAAGGUGUAUAUGUGUAUGUCUUGGCACAUAUAUAAAUGGAAUAGCCCUCAAGAUUUUCUUUCAAA